CUGUAAAAUCUUACAGUUCAAGAAAUAUAUAGUCUGCGUACGGUAGCCUACUCCUCUCCACUUCGCUGUCCGGUCCCGAUCUCCUGCUUUUAACGUGGGCGCGCAUCCAAAGGGACUAAAGUGCGCGCUCUACAUCGCGGUCCUUGUGUGAGCACGGAGAGGGCGUAGGGGUGUGUAACGUUAAGUUUAAGAAAGAAAAAGCGGAGAAGGAAAAAAGAAAGACCGAAAAGAACGAACGAUGGAUUUUCUAAUAGGAAGCCCAUUCGCUACCCCGGUUGGACAACGAAUAGAACGUGCCACAAGCUCCUCCCUCCAAUCAGAGGACUGGGGUCUCAACAUGGAGAUCUGUGACAUCAUCAACGAGACAGAAGAGGGGCCAAAAGAUGCAGCCAGAGCCAUAAAGAAAAGGAUCGCAGGAAACAAGAACUUCAGAGAGGUCAUGCUGGCUCUGACGGUUCUGGAGACGUGUGUAAAGAACUGUGGCCACAGGUUCCACGUUCUGGUGUCGACCCGCGGGUUCGUGGAGGGAGUCCUGGUCCGAGCCAUCAUGCCCAAAAACAACCCGCCCAUGGUGCUCCAGGACAGGGUUCUGAGUCUCAUACAGGCAUGGGCUGAUGCAUUCCGUAGCUCUCCGUCGCUGACGGGGGUGGUGUCUGUGUACGAGAACCUGAGGAAGAGGGGCCUGGUGUUUCCCACGGCAACAGAUACGGUCUCCCCCAUUCACACUCCACACAAGGUGGAGGACGUCAGAUCAGCCGCCGCCGUCUCUGCCCUGCCCCAACACCCUGCGGCCGCGCCCAACCACGGGGGUGUGCUCACCACCUCUCCUGAUCGGGUGGGGAAGCUGCGGUCUGACCUGGAGGUGGUUCGGGGGAACAUGACUGUAAUGUCAGAGAUGAUGAACGAAUUGGAACCGGGUCAGGCCCAGCAGUCUGACAUUGAGCUUCUGCAGCAGUUGUACACAGUCUGUAAGUGCAUGCAGGACAGGGUGGUGGAGCUUAUCCCCAGGCUCAGUGAGGAGGGUUUGAUAGAGGAGCUGCUGGUCAUCAACGACGAGUUCAACACUAUCUUCACCCGCUACCACAGUUUUGAGGAGCACUGCGGUGGACAGGACCCUCCUGAACAGUCCCAGGCUGCAGCCCCUACCUGCGUUAACCUGAUCGACCUAUCCCCCGACACCCCUACUGUCAGUCAGCCUGUCCUCCCUGCUGAACCCGCCCAGCAGCCCCUCAGCCAAUCACCUGUUAACACUCUGUCCAAUCAGAUGGCUGACCUCAGCACGGGGGAAGAUGACGAGUUUGACAUGUUUGCUCUGUCGAGGAGCAGAGUGAUGGCCCAACAGGGAAAUGGUGUGCCGUGUGUAGAGCAGAGCUCAGAGCCAGAUCAGUCUGUGGCUGUGGAUGACAAACAGAACUCUGCAGAGGACGAAAGCCCAGACUCCACCCCCCUCGGCACCUCGCCUCACUCUGAUUGGAUGAUAGCAAAGGGAAUGAUCCCUGUCAGUCAAGCCAACGUGAUGGAUGACAUUGAGAAGUGGCUUUCUAUCGAUGUGGAGGAUGAUCCGAACGAUGGCGUGACCAGUGAGGAGUUUGACAAGUUUCUGGAGCUGAGAGCACAGGCGGCAGAACGCCUGCCCUCGAUCAGUGCUGCUUCCCCUUCCACAGCCAGCCCCCAGGCCCAGUCCGCCCGGCAACAGAGCCAGUCACCUGACCAGAUGUCUGCUUUCUGAAAGGGUGGUGGCGAAAAAAGGAAUCCGUGAUUGGCUGACUAACAUUCUGAAAAUUUUCAUCAAUUGAAUGUAUGAUGCACACACACACGUGGAGUGAAACCCUUAUAUUGCAUAGCACAUACAUUAAUGUGCCCUGAUAGAGCUUGGUGGGGAGGGUCACAUGACUGGGGGAGGAGCCACAUGCUUGAGGAUGCUGAUCCUAAUUGGGGGAGACUCAUUUACUUGAGGUGAGAGGGCGGAAACUGAGUGUGGCAUCAUGAAGAGGGUGGAGCUUUCAUCGUGUCAUUGGUGGAUAAGUUAUUAGUGAGUAACUAUUGGUUUAAUUGUUUCGGCCGUUGACAGGCUUGUAACCCCAUCCAUUAUUGGGCUCAUGAAGUCACACUCCCACUGCUGCUUGCUAAAAAAUAAUUACUCUCAGCAUGUUUUGGGCUGUGCUGCAUUGGUUGCUAGUCUAAAGAAGAAUCUCAUCAAGGCAUCAUUGGCUAGUUUUGUACGCAUAAUUUCACCUUCCACCAUCUUUCCUCACUUUUGUGCCCUCCACCCCAAAAUGGCAAUUCAUUAUAAUUAUAAUAACCAUAAUUAUGACUGUUCGGAUUAAGGUGCGCGAGUGAUUUCCUGUCUCGUCCUUAUAAUGAGAAUGAGUGAAUAAGUAAAUGUUAACUUGUGUCUGUCUCUUGGAUAUAAUAAAUGUUAUUUAAUUUUAA